AUGGCCCCCGCACAACCCCGACCAUACCGUCGGAUAUUGACGUCCGCGUUACAUCGACGCUUCGUACAUGCAUCUGCACUUUCUCUCUUGAUUUGCUACGCUAUUGCAAUUUCAAUUGGUCACACAUCAUCCUUUCUCUGGGCAUGGUUUCCCCUCGGCUCGUGCGGUAUUCGCACUCUCAUGCUCUUUAUUUCAUCCCUUUCCAUCUUUGUCCUCCGCGUCGGUCAACUUCACAUCGGCUCCAGAACGGCUAAAUCAUCGCUUGGGACCUUUCAAUACCUCUUCCCCUGCAAAUUGCUCAAACAUUUGGCUGCUAGUGCGGAGCUUGAAAUGGUGAAACGGGGCAGAAUUCACGAGCGACCCACAUUGAACGAGCGACCCAUCUACAUUCACACCUAUCACUUACUUCUUGCCUGCACACAGGCAGUAUUCCACCUGUACUGCGACUAUGACCGUGUCCCCAUACCUGUGGCCAAGCGAACACUCGAAAAUGGCGAUAAACGCACCCACCCUGUGCCUCCGACUCUGGCAUACAUCCAAAGUGCCCUCCCUCCAAUGAUCGCAACCGGAUUAACAAGAAGUGCAGCCGUCGCUGCUUUGCUUCCCGUGGUCUACCCUCUGUUCUUCCGCCAGGCCGCAUGGAGCUGGUCAUUAUACUUCGCGAAGCUGUUUUGGAACUUCUCCCGGUCAUCUGCGCAGCCUAGUACUCUCCUGCUGACCCCGAGCUUUGUUCCUCUACUCAUUCGGACCUUCUUCUCGGGCUCGUUCCUAGUUCUGCUCUGGCAGUCGACCAACGUUUUCUUCUCGGUAUUUAUCGGCAAGGAACCAUUGAAGCGCGGCCAGCCUCUUACCGCUGAAGCCAAAGACCCCAACGGCAGUCUUAUCACUGGCUUGAAAGCCAAGAAGGAAGUCGCGAAAGCUUUCGCCUUCUGGGAGCUCAGUCUUAUCAGCCAGACUCUGCCCGAGCGUCGCAAGACAAUCUUCAACGAGAUUGAUCGCGAAGGUGGUUCCAGCUGGUCUCAAAUUGUCAGUUCUCUGACUGGUGUGAUCAAGGCUAUCCCGGACAGAAUUUCAGCAAGCAAGGCCCCUGCCCCAGGCGCUAAGCCACCAGCGCAAACCUCGCAGCCUGUUCUCCAGACUCUUCCCAAAUUGACGGAAGCACCCAAGACCGGCAACAUCUUCGCAGAUGCUCCUAAGGCAACCUCCCGGACAGACAAGUUUGGCGCCUCUUUUGGCUCGGCAGUCAAGUCCUAUGGUCAGUCUGCUGAUUGGACUCCUAUGGCGCGAGCUCGUGCUCGCCAAGUCUUUGACCAAGCCUCAUCCGCCAUGCUCAGCCCUGAGCGAAAACAAAAACUCAUCGCUACCUCGAAGGAGUUGAAGCUACUCACAGGUGGUCCUUCUGUCACUUACAAGCCCGAAGAUGUCCACCCAAUCAUUGCUCAGUUCCUCCGUUCACCAAUUGGCCAGCCUCUGCGUCAAACCUAUGCCCAACGCGCAUCAAACAUUGUCCUCGGCUCUCCCGAGUCCUCUCUGACUUUGGUCGUGGAUGCCAUCGACGCCCUGACUCAGCUUUUGAUUGCUAGUCUGGCAGAGGACCAAUACGGUCGGGUCCAGGCCGAUGUACCAUCUGUGAUUCGUCUCUUCACAGAAACAAUCGUGACUUUGGAACUUUUUGUUCACCAAGGUGGACUGGAUGCACACUGGACUGACGUAUACUUCCCACCAUCCAGCAAGCCCGAAGCUCAAGAAGAAGCACGAAAGGUUCCAGACAUCGAACUCCUGGUCGCUUCGCUGAAGAAUGGUCUUGGAGACUUGUUGAGCUCUUUCAAGCCUUACCUCCGUGAUAUCGGCAUUGAGGGUAGAGACCUCCGACUCGCAAAAGAAGCGGCUGGUGUCGAUGCGGAGGAAGAUUUGUUAUGA